CAGUCCUCUAUCUUGCAUGAAACUCCCUGCUCUUCUCCAAUCACAUUGCCGUCGCAUCCCUUCUGUCACCUUCGUUAGAUCUUGUCUCCAAACGCCCGCGACGCUUCAAAUUGUUCGUGGCUAUCAGGCCAAAACUGCCAUCCAUGCUCCAUCUCACCACCAACGACACGUAAAACUCCCGUCUACGCAUAAGCAACCUCUCCGUACCGCCGUGGCGGCUCGUGGUCAGAGACACCAAAUUUCCCCCUUCUUCUCUCCGAUUGGCCCCUGACCGUUGCCAAUCCCCUGUCUAUCCGUCGCUUGGAUCGAACGCCAAACUGCCCAUGCGCUGCUUGCAGCGAAGAUCCAACGUAGGGCGUUGGCUAUGGGCAUGGACAUGAACAGAACGUUAUCUGUCCAGAAUCCUCACGGCAACGGCUUCGAAGUCAACUCUGCCAUUCAUUCUCGCAUCCGCGAGCUCCCUAACAACGCGAGUCUGCCUAAUGAUCCUCUCCGCUCACCUGAGUCAGUCCAAGUCAUCUCAUCGCUGAUAGACUCCUUGGGUGCUAUUCCCUCUGCAGAAGAAGCACAAGAACAAGAAGAAGGAGCACACGGAAGAAGACGCCGGGAUCAGGAACAUCAUCAACGUCCCGUGUCACCCCCGUCGCCCGAUGCAGAUGACUUGGAUCGCACUUUGAAUGAUCCUAUUGCCGACGACAGUAGUGAUGGGGAUGUCGCAGUCGCCCCAGUAAUUCGGUAUGCCCGACGGCCUCCCUUGAUAUCAAAGAGGUCAAGCAGGUCACGAUUAUAUUCGCUGAACAUGGCCCAGCCGGGGCUGGCCCCUCGAACUUCAUCUCAGAGUCUUAGAUCUCAUGCCGAGACCGAAUCAGUCGGAGUGCCUAGUAUCGAGAGACGGCAUGGCUCCAGCGCCAGUUCAACCUUCUCCAUUAUUAGCGGCGUCAGUGCCCUACGACGAAAGACCACUUCCGAGUCCAUACGCGACAAGGCUACCACGAGACCUAUUCCGCCGCGAAGGAUUUCUUCCGAUAGACGCCGAAAGACCGAGUCAUUAUACAGUAUAGAACAAGAAAAGGAGCUCAAGGCACCUACUCGUUCGUCCUCGAUUGAGGCAUACUCCUCCGGGGGAACGCUACAGGAUUCACCGAGUGGCGAAAGUCCGCCUGUGAGCGCCUUCAACCGCUUCAGUCGUGGCGAUCUGGGCAACCACUUGAUCCCCUCGCGUCGUUCCUCAUUACGACGGAGCGUGACCAGCGUACCAGAAUCCACACCAGAGUCAAACAGGUUUUCUUCUCCUGUCAGGAACCUCAAGGAGCUAAACAUCGAUGCGGAAUUGAUCGAUGGAGACAACUCGACCGUGCGAAGAAUUCGCGAACUGCAAGAAGCGCGAGAAAAGCGGCAGAAAGAAUGGCGAAACGAGGCCCGAAAGUCGGAACGAGCUGCAAAGAGACACACGAUAGCCGCUCCCAAAGUCUCGUCGCAACGGACGAGUCCAUAUCAAAGUUCGAGACUGUCCGUCGCCGAGGUGGUCGUCGAGUCUCCUGAGAUAGAGAGCCCCCUGGAUCUGUCUGCCACUGUUACUGCAUCGGAUCUGGCCAGUAUGCCAGCUUUAGUCCCCGGCGGUUCAAAUGGAGAGAUACUCACGCCAUACAUGGGGCCUUCGCCGGCAGGCUCAAACCCAAACAGUGCCGCCCCGUCCCGGGUCAAUAGUAUGUAUCGAAGUCCAGCCACUCAGACAAAGCGUAAUUCUGCCAAUGGCAAUUUGAAGCUAGAUCCUCCGUUGGCGGAACUCAGGUCAAUAUCGGAUGAAGUGGAUUCCUUUCUCAAGGCACCCAGAUUAACCCAGAAGAUCAGACAUCCGCGCACAGGGCGGACGAUCGCAUUCUCAGAAGUCGGAGAUCCCGAUGGUUUUGUCGUGUUGUGUUGCGUAGGCAUGGGUCUGACACGAUACCUGACUGCAUUCUACGAUGAACUUGCACGUACCUUGAGACUGCGGCUAAUAACCCCAGACCGACCAGGUGUAGGUGAGAGCUCAGCGAUGCCUGAAGCAUCAUGUACUCCUCUCAACUGGGUCGACGAUGUGGCUGUAAUAUGCAGCUCGUUGGAAAUUACGAGAUUCUCUCUCCUGGCGCAUUCAGCUGGCGCCAUCUAUGCUCUUGCUACAGCUCUGAAGAUGCCUCAGUAUGUACGAGGGCGAAUCCACCUCCUGGGGCCAUGGAUCCCACCGUCUCAAAUGCCCAAGGGAACUGCGGUAGGACCAGACUCCCAGCCGAUCGCAAAUUUACCAUUUUCGCACAAACUCCUCAGCGUCCUACCGGCACAAAUACUCAAGGUGGCCAAUUCGAGAUUCUUGACUGCCACAAGUGCAUCCGUGGACACGAAGCCACUGAAAAUCAGGAAAAGCAAGGGUCUGGAGAGCAUUGAGGCCACAUGGGAUGCAUUUGACGAUAUGGAAAAUCCCUUUACCAAUCCUCUUCCAGAUAUGGAACCCAGUAGACCUCAGACAAGCGCGACUGCUAGAGCCAGAAGUGUAUCAUACAACCAAGCCAAUCUCGAACAUCAACGCACUGCUGUCGAGAACGGUGGUUCGCCACCAUCACCUUCUCGCCGUCAGACGCAGUAUGCUAUAAAGGUCACCAAUCCGAAUCCUCCACCAAUGUCCCCGCGCUUAACUCCAGAGGCUCGUCAGUCGCUGUAUAACCAGUCACUCACGCAUCGGAUCUGGGCUCUUGCCACGCACAAUGCCAAUCCGGCCAUUGACCUGGUUGUUUGUCUCGAGCGACGGAAACCGAUUGGGUUCCGGUAUCCAGAAGUCACGCGGUCAGUUGUGAUACAUCAUGGUGCCAAGGAUUCAAGAGUGCCGUUGGAUAACGUGCGCUGGUUGCAGACUGUGAUGAAGCGGUGCGAGCUCAGGGUCUUGGAGUCUGAGGGCCAUGGACUUAUGGCGUCCGCGUCGGCAAUGGCAACUGUUCUGGGAGAGAUCGCUAAAGAGUGGGAAGAAUGGGAGAAGAUUGCCAAGGGGAAGGAAAAGAAGAAGAAAGAAGAAAGUCCACCAGCUUUCUCGAGGUUGAGGGUGUGAAGCCUGCGUGUGAGUGACCGCUUGACGAGUGUAUUGCGUGCCCACGGCCUGGAGCUCGGGCACGAUAAAAGACAGGCAAGAAAGGCGUCUGAGAUGACCGAGACGAAGGGCAGUUAUAGUCCAGAUCCAGUUCAUGCAGAACAGAAGGUUAUGACUGUAAAUGAGGGCUGUAGAUUAAUAGUAGGUUUAAGUAAUAAUAUACAAUGAGCUCCG